AUGUCGAGCUCGCAUCGCACCGUUGUGCAAGAGGCCAAAAAGUCUAUCACUGCUGCCGUUGAUCGAUUUGCCGCAAAGGUUUGGCGGCUUGGAAAGGGGCACGAGUGGGCGGCAGAGAACGAGGAGCGCGGUUUUGCGGGGUACCAGGACGAGAGGGGUCGACAGGUCGUGGCGAAAGGGGUAAGUGUCCACGCGGCGGGUGGUUGGUGUUCCUGCUGAUGGCGGUAAGCAGAUCAAAUAUCUUCGGCUGCUUUCGUACUGCGUUUCGAGCCAGGUCGCGUGCGAGGCCUGCAUUGCGGCAACGCAGACUUGCUGGCGGCCCAUUCGCAGCACGAUCUCGGAGUACAAACACACUCUAUGCCUCUGUUGCCAUCGCGCGAAACGUCCCUGCGUCACCAAACACAACGGCAAGAUCUUCUCCACGCCAUUCGACAGGAACAUCGGAGACGCGGAGCCAAUCGUUACCAAGUGAGUGGUUUGGUAGGCCAUGGCGAUAGCGUAGCUGACCCCUUAACAGCUCCCGCACGGAGUUUAAUAGAUGGAAGGCUGCCUUUCCCACUGCGGCGGAAACGGACGCUGGCGACUCGUCGCCGGAACUGCAACUAGCGUCCGAACAGCACUACACGCCUCCGCCGGUACCGGAACACCUCCUUGCCUUGAGCGCUACGCCUCGUACGGACCGUGUCACGAAGCGCGUUGCGGACUUGUUGGUCGGGGAAGGCGGGUCGCCGCAGAAACGUGCUGCGAACUUGUUGGUGGAGGACGGCGGGCCGCCGCAGAAACAUGCUCGAGAGGAACCUCAGGAGCCAGACGUGGUAGCGACUGAAGGACCGCCUCCCUCAAGGUUCGUAUGGGACACGUCUCCGGCGGUGGCGCACGGCAGGCGCUCCACCGAGUACCAUAACCUCAACGCUCGCCGUGGACAACGAUCGCAAUUUGUCGACACUGUGGAACACUGCGACAAAUUGGCCAACUCUCUUCUCGCCGUUUUGGCCCGCGGUCACGCUCCUUUGGAGCUGCUCAACGCCCUAAAGACCGCCGAGCGUACCUAUUGAUGCUGUUGUCGGACGACGCUCUUCGCCUCUAUCAGCACGUUGAACUGGAGACCACCGAAUAUGCCGAGCAUUGCCUCAUUCAGGAAGGCACUGCACAAACCGGCCUCAUUAUUGCCGACUGUCAUGUCAGCUACGCCCAGCGCAUCCGCGCAUGGAACCGUAGUAGGGACGCCGGCAUCGACUCGGCGGCUCCUGCGGCUCCACCCGGCGAUGCUCUGCUUCUUGCUCGCGCCCGCGAGCCGAUUACCGUCGGCCGCCGGGGUGAUGCGUUUGUGAUUGGCGCUGGAACGACGAAGCUGAUCUCACUUGGAGAUAGUGACGAAGAAGCUGACGAACUGGAUAGCAGCUUGGCCACCCCUCUGAUCGGUGACAAGGCAAAGGCGACCACUUCGGCGGCGGCGCGCUCGACUGGCAGUGUUUUGGCUGGGCGCACUACUCGAUCGGCAGUCGGAGCAGGCUUGCCAACCGUAGAGGUGGCGAGGCGUGCUGAGGCCAAGAAGAGGACGAGGGGCAAGGGCGGCCGUGGCAAGCGUCAACGCUGA